CCAGCAUCUUCUAUUUGCAGUGCCAAAAUUGAGAUUGAUUAAUUGGGUUAAAUGAUUUAAAUAAUAUGCCCCACUUUUCUACAACAAUAAGCGUCAUAAAAUCCACAAGUUUUAAAAGAAUACAAGUGUAAACGCUAAGUUUUGUUUACAUGACUGACUUUUUUAUCAUCCAUGGAACACAACAAAAUUAAAAUCACCUGAGACAGGAGAAGCACUGGCAGGCCGAGCGUCGCGCGGUGAAUUUGGAGCGAAACAUUUGGCAAGAUGAGGUCUGGGUUUUUCUUACUCGGCUUGCUUUCUGUCGGAGCGUCAACAAAAGGUUACGGCGGUUAUGGAGGCGUAAAAAGACCACCAGGACAAGGUCAGAGUUGGGAAAAUUCAAGACAAAGUCGAAAUGGGAACAUUUCUCAGAACUCUCAGCAAAAUCGUUUGCAGGAGGUUUUCAGCUGGAAACAGCUGGACUUCAACUACCCCACACAAAGAGCACGAGAUGAAGCGAUCCGAAGUGGCGCAUUUGUGCCUAUGAUUCCAGAGCCCAUUGGCGUUACUGCGGGGUCCAAAAAUCGCGUUUUUAUCUCCAUCCCGCGUUUUAAGAAUGGAGUUCCGGCGACCCUGACAUAUGUGAACUAUCCAUCGCAGUCAUCAUCACCUCUUUUGAACCCUUACCCAAACUGGGAGAUGAACCGCGAGGGAAAUUGCGACGGUAUCACCUCCACGUUUAGAGUCAAGGUGGACGAGUGUGAUCGAUUAUGGGUGCUGGACACGGGCUUGGCAAACUCAUUUAUAGAUCCAAAGCGCAUCUGCCCCCCACAGGUUCUGACCUUUGACCUCAAGACUGACAAAGUCAUCAAUAAAUAUCAACUUCCCAACGUAAUUAUUAUUCAUUUUACUAGAAGUUUUAUGUUGUAUUUCAAUUUGGGACAGGCCGUUUUGAAUAGCGACUCACUGCAUGUGAGUAUUGAAGUGGAAUAUCCACGGGGCACGUGCGGCAAGCCAUCAGACGCGGUUUUAUACAUAGCAGACACGACUAUAUUUUCCAUAAUUGUGGCGGAUUUGUCGACGGGCAAAACAUGGAAGGUAUUAGACAAAACUGUUUACCCAUCGCCUGAGGCUGGAACUUUUAAUAUAGCAGGAGAAUCUUUUGAGUUGAUGGACGGUGUAGUGGGAAUGGCAUUUGGACCAAAGACCGACCCGGGUGGACGGAAGUUGUACUUUUCGGCCAUGAGCAGUUUUCAGCAGCGAUGGGUGCAGACAUCAAUUCUCCGCAAUGAAACCACCGCAACAAAUUCCCCAACAGCUUUUCAAACCGGCGCCCAGCCAAGGCUAGAUCAGAGUGCGGGAUGUGGCAUGGACAACAAUGGAGUGCUCUUUUUUGGUCUGGUCACAACAGAAACAUUGGCUUGUUGGAAUACACGAAACCCCUUUAAAUCAAGAUACAUUGGCAAACUAGCCAGAGAUAAAACCACUCUUCAAUUUCUAACAUCAGUUAGUGUUGAUCAGAGUCAACGGCUCUGGGCCAUCUCGACCAGAUUACAAAAAUUUGUCUUAGAAACGAUGAGCCCGAACGAGGCACCGUUUGCAACAGAGGAUCUCGACCAGGAAAUCAGUUUGUAUUUAAACCAUGACCUGUGGAAGGGCGGUGGCGCUUCCCCGCGUAGUCCAGUCCGCGGCGCUUGUGGGGUGCCGAGUGGAGCCCUGUGGAGCGACCAACGCCGCCCUCUAGACACUCUACAACAGUAGCAAAUAGCGACGGUUCUUUUUGGUAUUCAAUUGAGCAUUGAAAAACUUUUAUCAAAAUUAAUUUAUUGAAAACUUUUGCAUCAAAAUUUCAUGCAUAAAAUUUAAAAUUUAAUAGAAUGGAAUACUGUAAUUUUGAAACAAAUUGUCUCCUUUACUCUGUAUGGGACAAUACACACAGAUGACGUUGAAAUAUAAUUUUUUGUACCAUCUUUGGAUAUAUAUUUCAUUUUCAACAAUAUAUAUAUAAUUUUUUAAAUCUUCCAUUUUCUGC